UCGUCAUCAUGUCAGCAUCUCCCUGAUGAUUAUAAACAAGUGUAUUACUCAUCUACCUUCGAUCGUCUUUAUAACACCACAAUAAACUCUCUAUACGACUUAACCCCCAACAAUGACAGCCCAGAUACCAACUGCCACCCGCUCGUACUACUUCCCUACUCGAGGAUCGUACAAGAAUCUCGCUCUGCAGACUACGCCCAUCCCAGCGCUCCGGUCCACAAGUGUCCUCGUCAAAGUACGCGCUGUAUCUCUGCAGUACCGCGACCUCCUCGUUGCCUCCAAUCGAUACGGUAUAUCUGGCAUAAAGGAGAAUCUUGUCCCAUGCUCCGACAUGGCAGGGGAAGUAGUCGCAACAGGCUCCGAUGUGACGCGCUGGAAAGUCGGCGACAGGGUUUGCGCCAAUUUCACGACAGACCACCUGGAUGGCGACAUCACUGCUGAAAUCUUUGAUACAUCCCUCGGGGCAGCGCUCCAUGGCGUGUUGACCGAAUACAGGGAUUUCCCAGACUACUGUCUGGUCAGGAUCCCCGAACAUCUAUCUUACGAAGAGGCUUCGACUUUGCCGUGUGCUGCUCUGACGGCGUACAACGCACUUCUGGGUCCCAAGCCGGUCAAAGCCGGUGACACGGUUCUCGUCCUGGGAACUGGUGGAGUAUCCAUCUCUGGUUUGCAAUUCGCCAUCGCUUCCGGUGCUACCGUCAUAGCAACCUCCUCCUCUGAUGCCAAACUCGCUAUCGCGAAGAAACUCGGUGCAGCCCACACCAUCAAUUACAACACGACGCCUGACUGGGACAAGGAAGUUGUCAGACUCACCGAAGGAAGAGGUGUCGACCACAUCUUGGAGGUUGGAGGACCAGGAACUCUUGAGAAAUCGAUCGCUGCUGUACGCUACGCAGGCUACAUCCAUAUCAUUGGAUUCGUGGCAAAGAACCCGGCCCCGCUUACCAACAUCAUCGGGUCUUGUAUCGGCAAGGCCAUCAUCCUUCGAGGAAUUCUGAUCGGGUCUGUCGCACAAUUCGAGUCGAUGAACCGGCUCAUCUGUGCUCGGCCUGAGUUGACGCGCCCCGUUAUUGACAAGGUGUUCAAGUUUGACGAAGCCAUUGACGCGUAUGCUUAUUUGGAGAGCCAGAAGCAUGUUGGGAAAGUUGUCAUUCGAGUUGCAACAGUGUAGAAAAUGGUGUAGGAAGUCAUAGUAAUUGUCUGAUCAACGAUGUAAAAGGAUAAUAAAGGUGAAGUGAGAGUCAUUAUUGACAAG